AUGGCAACAAAUCUCCAAAAAUACUUAACCUCAACCGGCGCCCCCAGCCUGAUUUACUAUAACCGAACUAUCUCUCGCGGUGACUCUCUCAAGAGUCUUGGUGCUCAACCUGCGCCCUCAGCUAAAGACCUAGUGGGAAAUUGCGAUACCAUCUUCCUGUCUCUCAGUGACGACUCAGCUCUCGAGUCAACUCUUGAUACAGUCAUUGACACUGAGGACCCUGAACAGCUCGCCGGGAAAGUAAUCGCGGAUACUUCAACGGUUCACCCGGACUCUUCGGCCAAAGCUCAAACCCGUUUGAAUGAGAAGGGCGCUCAGUUCAUCGCCUCACCUGUCUUCGGAGCAAGUCCUGUUGCGGCGCAGGGAAAGCUGCUAUGGAUUGUUGCUGGACCUGACGACGCCGUCGAGAAGAUCAAUCCAUAUUUGGAGGGAGUCAUGGGAAGAGGCGUGAUUCGAGUUGGUGAAGAUGUGAGACUAUCGAGCAAGAUGAAAACAGCAGGAAACUUCGUCACAGCUGGUAUGAUGGAAGUCGUGGCAGAAGCCCACGUCCUAGCAGAAAAGUCUGGCCUAGGCAGCAAAAACCUCGAAGCUUUGAUCCAGCAACAAUACGGUCCUCUGGCACUUUCCAUGUCUCAACGACUUACUACCGGAGCUUACAUGCCAGCGAGAGGCGACCGGCCUUGGUCUGAUCUAAACCUAGCAAUUAAGGACGUUGGUCAUGGAAUUACUCUUGCUGAACAGUCUGGAGCGAGGCUGGAGGUUGCUGAAGUGGCCAUCAAGCAUCUGAAAGAGGCGAAGCGGUUCUCUGAAGCUGAGGGAAGACCUCUUGAUUCUUCUUCUAUGUAUGGAAUACUGAGAAAAGAAUCUGGGUUAUCUUUUGAGACAGAUCUAGUCAAAGAACGGGAUGAGAAGAAGUAA